GUCACCGCCUUGCACCCCGUGGGCCCGCUGCGCAGAUCCGGAGCCCCGCACGCGGGUGGCUUUGCUGUGGCUGGGGUUCUGCGCCGCGCCCCCUUCCUCCCCAGACGCGCACAGUCUUCUGUGGCCCGGGACCCGCGGGCGGCCGCGCGAGGCGCGUUUGCACCAAGCCCGGGGCGCGCGAUGCCACUUGGCCUGGCCGCCCCCGUCGAGUGCCGCGCCGGGGACCCAGCCCGCGUCUGAGCGGCACCGGCUGCGCGCCGGCUGCGGAGAGCCCCACAGCAGGACCCUGAAUCGGCCUCUCCUCCAACAGCCCACUGCUGCUACCACCAGCGCCCCUGCCUGGACCUGUCCCUGUACCACCUCCCAGCAGGUAGGAAUGGUUCUCUACAGAGCAGAAAGGGACCACAGGAUGAAGGAAGGCAUGUCUAAUAACAGUACCACCAGCAUUUCCCAGGCCAGGAAAGCUGUGGAGCAGCUGAAGAUGGAAGCCGGCAUGGACAGAGUGAAGGUCUCCCAGGCAGCCUCAGACCUCCUGGCCUACUGUGAAGCCCACGUGCGGGAGGACCCUCUCAUCAUCCCAGUGCCUGCCUCAGAAAACCCCUUCCGGGAGAAGAAGUUCUUCUGCACCAUUCUCUAACACCCAUGGUCAUGAAAUGGACCCCUUCCUGUUGUAAAAGUCCCGAGUAGAGAUGUGCACGCUCCUCCCGUCUAGAGGCAUGCCUCCCAUACACACCACUUCCCUCUCUAUCCAAUCGUGAUCUGGGCUCAUCUUGGUUUACCAUAUUUUUUCAUGACACUGUUUCUUCUUCUUCUUCUUCUUCUUCUUCUUCUUCUUCUUCUUCUUCUU